AUGAACAACAAUUCCUCCGAUUAUUACGCAACACUUUCAGAUUUGACGCGAUCCAACACAAUUCUUCUAUCCUAUUUCACAUGCCUAAUUUCUCUUCUCGUCAAUAUUUUCAGCAUUUAUUUGAUUGGAUCACGAGGUAAACGAGAAUCGCGAAAUUAUAAAUGUGCACUGAUCUUCUCGCAACUCGCCUUGUUUAUUCCCCAAUUUUAUUUGGGAAUAUUUCUGUGCAUUUUAUCAGUUUUCCCGUUUCCCGCGUUUAUUCCAUUCGGAUUGCUGAAAGAUUUUGUGCCUAUUGUAAUUUUGUGUGCAGUUUGGGCAGCAAUGUUGCCAUUUUAUAUUGUCUCGAUGUUGACGGUUUCGAUUAUCAGGAUUCAUAGUAUUGUUCGGCCCGAGAGUAUUUUCAAUGUGAGACUUUUUUGGGGAGAUCAAUUUUCAGUGUAGAUUUUCUGAAAUUUUUUUAAAGAAUUUUUUUUGGGAGAAUUCUGGAUCUCAUUUUCAAGAAGGACUCUCAAAAUUUUAACACAUUCAGAUUCUUAACUUCCUAAAAUUAAUAGGGUCCCAAAUUAUUGAUUUUCACUUGAGAAGUAUAAUUUUUCUUGUAGAUUUUGACCCUCUGUUGUCAAAACCUUCAGCUUUGAAUUUGAGUUAUGACGUGGCAAAGUUCUAACAUCCUAAACUAUUGGAUCAUUUUGGAAAUUUCAAAUAUUGAUUUUCGAAGUUGAUUAUUGCGAAGUCCCUUUUUUUUUCAAAAAAAAUGUUCAAAAUUUGCCACGUCAUAACUCAUUUUCAUCGUUGAAUUCAGCUGUUUUUGACUCUGAAUAAUUUUUCCAGAUCAAAAUCUCGAUUCAAUAUACUCUCCUAAUUAUUUAUGUUAUCAUUCUCAUUAUCAGCUUUGAAAAUAUUGCAUUCAGAUUGUAUUUGCCACAUGAAGCCAUGGAACUUUUCAUUUUUCAGGUUUGUUUUAUUCCGAAUUCAAUUCGCAAUUCAAAAAAAAUUCCUAUUCAGAACUUCCCCCGCUACUUUUACAUCGCCAAAUCCAACAAUCCCAUUAUAUUCUCUGAUUCUACAAUGGAUAUUUUUGCGAAUACAGUUUAUAUCAUAGUUCUAAUCAUGAUUGUAUCCUUUUCGUUGGUUCGAUAUAUAGUUUAUUAUGAAAUUCGAAUGCAAAUCACAAAAAUGAGUAUUACAAAACGGAAAUAUCAUCAAAAAUUGGCUAAAGAUUCAGCGGUUCAGAUUAUCGUGAAGCUUUUGUGUAUUGCUGCUUAUCCCGUUUGGGUUGCGGUUUCCCAUAACUUCAGUAAAGAAAUUGACACGAUUUGUAAGAUUUUUUCCCAAAAUUCCCAAUAUCAAUUCAGAAAUUUUCCAGCCUUAACUUGUCUUUUCCACACAAUCUUCAUUGCUGCUCCAAUUCCAGCCACAAUUAUCAUGUUUUUCCAAAACCCCGCAUAUUUAUCGAAAAUCAGAAAAAUUUUAGGAAUGAAAACAUCGAAAGAUCAGAAAUUUCCAGCUGUAAUUAUUGCUAUUCAAACAAUAUCGACUUGUUGA